AUCAGGGACCGGCAAGGAUUUGCUACCGGGAUGUUUUGAGCGUGGUGGUGGUGGUGGUGGUAGCAGCGGUGAUGCAGAGGGAUGGAGAAGAUGGUUGGGGAGGAGGAAGAGAGAGGACCGGCGGCAUAGCGUCAUCGGCCGUCAAGCUGCCCCACCAUCGUCCCCCUCCUUCGUCUGUCCUCCCGAUGCUUGCUCACGGCUCCGGCUUCGUCGUCUUCUCUCACUUUCUCCCCCGCCACAUCCCUUCCCUUCUUAUUUUCUCCUCCUCGUCAUCUUUGCAUCUCUCCAUUCAUCUUCUUUUUCUUCCCCCCAAUCUACAAUCUACAAUCUCCCAUCUCCCAUUUCUAUCUACUCUAAUUCCAUCCCAUCUCCUUUCACCAUUCCAUCCUCUACCUCCACCAUGUCUUCUUCUCUCGACCAGCUCAAGUCCACCGGCACCGUUGUCGUCUGCGACUCCGGUGACUUCGCCACCAUUGGCAAGUACAAGCCUCAGGAUGCCACCACCAACCCCUCCCUGAUCCUGGCUGCCUCCAAGAAGCCCGAGUACGCCAGCCUCAUCGAUGCCGCUGUCGCCAAGGGUAAGACCGAGGGCAAGACUGUCGACGAGCAGGUCGAUGCCACCCUCGAUCGUCUUCUCGUCGAGUUCGGCAAGAAGAUCCUCGAGAUCAUCCCCGGCAAGGUCUCCACCGAGGUCGAUGCUCGUUUCUCCUUCGAUACCCAGGCUUCCAUCGACAAGGCCCUCCACAUCAUCAAGCUCUACGAGGAGAACGGCAUCUCCAAGGACCGCAUCCUGAUCAAGAUCGCCUCCACCUGGGAGGGUAUCAAGGCCGCUGAGGUCCUUCAGUCCAAGUACGGCAUCAACUGCAACCUGACCCUCAUGUUCUCCACCGUCCAGGCCAUCGCUGCCGCUGAGGCCGGUGCCUACCUCAUCUCUCCCUUCGUCGGCCGUAUCCUCGACUGGUACAAGGCCGCCCACAAGCGCGACUUCGCCCCCGAGGAGGACCCCGGUGUCAAGUCCGUCCAGAGCAUCUUCAACUACUACAAGAAGCACGGCUACAACACCAUUGUCAUGGGUGCCUCUUUCCGUAACACCGGUGAAAUCACCGAGCUCGCCGGCUGUGACUACCUGACCAUCUCCCCCAACCUCCUCGAGGACCUCUACAACUCCACCGCUGCCGUCCCCAAGAAGCUCGACUCCGCCAGCGCCGCCGGUCUCGACAUCCCCAAGCGCACCUACAUCAACGAUGAGGCCCUGUUCCGCUUCGACUUCAACGAGGAGGCCAUGGCCGUCGAGAAGCUGCGUGAGGGUAUCUCCAAGUUCGCUGCCGACGCCGUUACCCUCAAGGACAUCCUGAAGGCGAAGGUCCAGGCAUAAGCGGGAGAUUGACAUUAUGCAUUUUGUGACGACCAUUAUUAUUCCCAUGUGUGUAAAAUUGAUGACCUGAAAAAUUCGUUUGGGUAGAUACGAAUUAUGAUUGAGUUUUGUUGAUCAUAUCUAGUGUAGAUCGUAGCUAUGCAGCUAUAGGCGCUUAAUAUACUACAAAUCGACCUAUC